UCGUCAGAGCGCAGGGAGCCGAGUACGAGGGCGGACGGAGCGCAGUCAGUCCGGGAGAGCCAGAGAAAAACAGGGAAACGCGAGCGGAAAACCAGAACCCCGUGCGCAAAAGUGGACCAACAGCCAAACCAAACGAACGCAUGGAUGUUCUCUUAUAAGGAUUUACACUUAUUUACGCACUGGUCUUUUUAAUGGAUUACCAGAGGAAUAUAACAUUGUGGAGUGGCCGAUUCAUGAGUGGAUUUUCAAGGUAACAUCUCGUGUUGAGUACCAGGUUGUGGAGACAGAGCAGCCAUGGGCCAGAGGGCUGUGCUGAUACUCACUGCUCUGCUGCCGCUGCUGCUGCUGCUGCUGCUGGGGACAGGCUCCAUCUCUGCGGUCAGCUUCCCCGAGGACACGCCCGCUUUGGAUGUGGUCGACACACACUUUUCUCGCCGGUACCCCGUCUUCAGAGGCAGGCCCUCUGGAAAUGAGUCCCAGCAUCGCCUCGACUUUCAGCUCAUGACCAAGAUCCAGGACACACUGUUCAUCGCUGGCAGAGAUCAAGUGUACCUCGUCAGUUUGAGAGAGAGCUACAGGAAUGAGAUCAUCCCAUACCGGAAGUUAACGUGGCGGUCGGGUCAAUCGGACAGAAACAUGUGCGCUGUGCGAGGGAAGCACAGGGAUGAAUGUCACAACUUCAUCAAAGUUCUUGUUCCUCGAAAUGAUGACUUGGUUUUCAUCUGUGGCACCAAUGGCUUCAACCCAAUGUGCCGAUACUACAGGCUGGAUAACCUUGAAUUCGACGGGGAGGAGAUCAACGGCCUGGCGCGGUGCCCAUUCGACUCCAAGCAAACUAAUGUAGCCCUAUUCGCCGAGGGGAAGCUGUAUUCUGCCACAGUUGCAGACUUCCAGGCGAGUGAUUCCGUCAUCUAUCGGAGCAUGGGAGAUGGAUCGGCACUGAGGACCAUUAAAUAUGACUCCAAAUGGCUCAAAGAGCCCCAUUUCCUGCACGCAGCAGAAUACGGGAAUUAUGUGUACUUUUUCUACCGCGAGAUUGCCGUGGAGCACAGCAAUCUGGGCAAGGUCGUGUAUUCGCGAGUGGCCCGGAUCUGUAAGAAUGACGUCGGCGGGUCACAGCGGGUUUUGGAGAAGCAUUGGACGUCAUUCGUAAAAGCCAGACUGAACUGCUCUGUCCCGGGAGAGUCCUUCUUCUACUUCGAUGUCCUCCAGUCCAUCACAGACAUCAUCGACAUUAACGGGGUCCCAUCUGUGGUCGGGGUCUUCACCACUCAGAUGAACAGUAUCCCAGGUUCAGCAGUCUGUGCGUUCUCCAUGGCCGAUAUCGAGAAAGUCUUCAUGGGACGAUUCAAGGAGCAGAAGACCCCCGAUUCCGUCUGGACCCCAUUCCCAGACGAGAAACUCCCCAAACCACGGCCCGGCUGCUGUGCGGGUCACGGUCCAGCUGCGUCUCUCAAGAGCUCGGUGGAGUUUCCAGAUGAGACUCUGCAGUUCAUCAAGUCUCACCCGCUCAUGGACACGGCCGUGCCCUCCAUCCGCGAUGAACCCUGGUUCACCAAGACCAGAGUCAGGUACAGGAUGACUGCGCUGGCUGUGGACAACGAGGCAGGACCCUUUAAGAACUACACCGUGGUCUUCAUCGGGUCUGAGUCCGGGAUCCUGCUCAAAGUCCUGGCCAAGACCACCACCUCCUCUCUGAACGACAGCGUCCUACUGGAGGAGAUAGACGUCUUCAACAAGGCCAAGUGCCUGUCCAGCCGUGAGGACGACAGACGUGUUUUGUCUCUGCAUUUGGACAAAGAAGCUCACAGUCUGUACGUGGCGUUCUCCAGCUGCGUCAUCCGCCUGCCCCUCAGCCGCUGUGAGAGGCACUCGCACUGUCAAAAGGCAUGUAUUGCUUCGAGGGACCCAUAUUGUGGGUGGAAGGCCAGUGGAGUUUGCGAGAGGAUCCCGCCUGGUGUUGCAAAUGGCUUUGAGCAAGAUGUUGAACUUGGAAACACUGCUCAUUUGGGAGACUGUCAAGCAUUUGUGGGCACUACGUCUGCUCCCGAUUACAAAUCAUUUGGCGAUCCUACCUCUGACAUGGAGUUGUCCCCCAUGCCCGUCACAGGGCGGCCCCGCGGAGGGCAUAUUCUGCCCCCCAUAGACAUGCCCACUCAGACCCCCAGCUCUGUGCCCAGUCCAGACCUGUACGACCAGGGCUUUGUGCUGCAGGACGACCCCUCCACGUCCAAUUCUUUAGGCUCAAAAGGGGAAGAGGGUAUAUGGGACAUCCAGGCAGGGGACACUAACCAGAUGGUGCACAUGAAUAUCUUGAUCACAUGUGUGUUUGCCGCCUUCCUCAUUGGUGCGCUCAUGGCCGGACUCUUCGUCUUUUGUUAUCGAGAUUCGUUCCUCCGAAAGCCAAGACAGAUUCACAAGGACCCAGAGUCUGUGCCCUCCAGCUCCGACUCCGCCGGCAGCUUUGUCAAACUCAAUGGACUGUUCGACAGCCCUGUUAAGGAGUACCAGAGCAACAUGGACUGUCCUAAGCUGUACACCAACCUCCUGAGCAAAGACCUGAAUGCUCCUGGGCCUGACACAAAGACCAUGAUCCUCAGAGAUGGAUGCCAGCCCCCGGAGCUCGCUGCCCUGCCCACUCCUGAGUCCACCCCUGUAAUGCAGCAGAAGGGCCUGCAGCCCAUCAAGAACCAGUGGGAACGGGCUCAUGGGAAGGUAUCCCGUAAGGAGUCCAACUCCACCCCCAAGAGCCCCCAGUUCUUGCCUUCAUCUCCGGCCCAUCACACUCCUCUGGCCUUGGGGCACUCCCACAUUCCCAGUGCAGUGGUUCUGCCCAACGCCACACACGAGCAGCCCAGCAUGGACUCCAUGGAAGAUGAUACACUGCCACGGACAUCGGAGAGGAAGAAGAACCCAGACUCCAAACGCAGUCACAAGGACCCCAAGAGGUCUGUGGACGCCAGGAACACGCUCAAUGACCUUUUAAAGCAUCUGAACGACAAUGUGGCCAACCCCAAUGCCAUCAUCCAAGAGGAGAGCGGGCCCCGCCCCCGCCAGCACCUCACACUGGAGCCUAUGGAGGAACUGACUGAAAUACCCCCCAAGGUCCCCAGCCGUGAGGCAUCCCUGUACUCCCCCUCCUCCUCCCUGCCCCGGCACAGUCCCACCAAGAGGGUGGACGUGCCCGUUCCCCCCUCCCCCACCAGCCCCACGGGGAGCUUGAACAUGGGGGGCACACUGGAGCGGCCCAGGUACCAGCUCCACCGGAGUGCCUCUCAUCGGGCGUCCCUGUCCACCUCCCCAAAUGGGGUAACAAUGGGGGUGUCUGUCACCCGCCAACACAGUAUGAACAGAGGGUACAUGCCCCCCACCCCUCCGUCCAGACUGGACUCUCACUUGGGGCCUGGGGGUCACCCGCCCUCUAUGUCCCGACAGAGCAGCUACAGUGGGCAUGGGUCUCUGCCCAGGACAGGACUGAAACGGACCCCAUCCCUAAAGCCUGAUGUGCCCCCCAAACCCAAUGGGUUCUCUCCACAGACUCCUCAGAUGCGAGUGGUGAACAAAUACAGUUAUUAGACUAAGCACUGACUAAAGAGCAGCUCUCAGCUGGACUACUGUAGAGCUUUGAGCCCUUAAAGGGAAGGGCGCUGGAUGGGAUGGGGUACGGCCCACUGUGGUUUGAGCUGGAGGUGUGUUCCCCUUUAAUGAUAUGCACAUUCACUCAUGACAAAAGGGAAAAUCACACACGGCCAAAGAUACUCCUUGGAGGUCCCAUCUCUGCCCUCGUCACGGUAGCCACAGAAUAUUAAGUGGACAUUAGUGAAUCUACUUUUGUAUUUUGGCUCGACCGUCCCAGUCCAAGGUAAAGGCUGCCUUGCAGAGAGGAGCCUCUCUGCGCGGGGCCAGGUCGAAGCAGAGGAAUACUUGAAGAAUGGGUCUCAUUUGUCACUGCCCUUGAGCACUGUCUUCCCACUAAUGUGAACUGAACAGAGAAAAGCGCUGGGCUAUGCCUUUGUAAGUAAGACAGCCGGGGCAGAGGAGAGGACAGUCAAUAAUCAAAGUGUGCGUGCUGCCUGAUACAGUAUGUUUGUCAAAUUCAUGUCCGUAGAAAAGUGUAGCUGAUUUUGUGAGUGAAUGAGUGAGUGUUUUUACUCAGAUCCUUUAUUAUGGAGUGAUUUCAGACAUGGUAUUCAAUAUAUGUGCUUAUUUUCAGUGUUAAAAGUGCCAUCAUAACUUUCAACUUAUUGUGACAAAACAUAGCCCGAACCUUCAGUUAAAUACAUGAAUUUUGCAACUUUUGCCACAUGCAGCUGCCUGCCCCCAAGACUACCACACUGUGCUAAAGUGUAAUGAUUUUACAUUUUAACCAAAUAUGGGAACAACUUAACUUAUCCAGUACUAUCCCUGGUCUGUCAUCUGUCCCUAUUGAAGGAUCUGCUGUUUGCUUGGUGAGUGAAUUUUGCAGCAGGUUUGUGUAAAGACAUAUUUGGCCUUCACUUAAAGAACGGUGCCACAUGCUGAAGAAGCACCUUAUGUCCAUCAGUUGUCACAGACACUGGUAUCUCAACUAUGGUUCUUUUCUGUUCAACCAACGCCUAAACCAUAUUUUGUGUCAUUUUGUAGUGUUAAGGUGACUUUAGUUUAGGCUGAGGAGACUGUGGGAGGAGCUCUGACUCACUGGGAAAUGUACUUACAUUUAUCUUACAUUUGCUGCUAUUGUUUCUAGAUAGCUGUUGGUCAUGUGGUUUCAAGUCUCUUGAUACUUAUUUCAAAUCUACCAGAACAAAGAUGGCUCCUGAUAGCGGGGUGCAGUCUGCUUGUGAGUUUGAGUGUUGAGUUUGAUCACGGACAGAGGCCAAGCAACAAAAUGUACUGUAAAGAACUGGGGCGUGCAUUGUCUGAAACUGGUGGCUCAAGAGACAACUUUAUGUAGCAAUGGUAUUAAAAGGAGCAUAUGUGUCUCAUCUCAUCUGAAUUAUGAACAAAAUGGAUAUGCCUUUUGUAAUGUUUUGUUUAAAGGGACUAUACGUAGAAUUAUCAGGGUUAAAAAAAACAACUUUUCUAUUUAGUUGCCAGUAUUAUAAGAAAUAAGGUCCUACUUUAGAGCAUUUCAAUUGAGUAUGCUACAAAAACAAUCUAAUAUGGUACUUAUAGUUCACAUGGACCAGUCAGUGGGAUAAGACUACUACAGUAUUUUUUUAUUUCUAAAUAUCAGUGUGACUUGUGUUGCCAGGUAAAAAUGCUACAUAUAGUCCCUUUAAACCAAAGCAACACCAAUGUUAAAGCCCUUGUAUCAACAUUUCAGGGCAUGUGUAUUUUUAUUUUGUGUCCUCUAAUAAAAGAACACUACUUUUC